CAACUGAGCUCUGCUCUCCAUCUACUACUACCGUCGAUUGCAACCUAAUUCAAUUAAAAUUAAAACGCAAAUCUACGGGACAAAGUGAAAUUGCCCCAAAUUUCCGACAAUUAUAUGAGGGAAAAGCCAGUUGUGUGGGCAGCGAUAUCGCGACCAUGAGCAGCUCUCCAGUCGAAAGUCUCCCAAUGCAUCGCUCCACAUCGAUGCCUGUGAAGCCCAAGCCCCUCGAGACGAAGCCUCUGGCCCGUUCCAGCGAGAAGGAAACGGUCAAUGAGGCGGAUUACUAUCCAGAGAGUCCGGGAUUUGUAAGGCGACGCAAAUCCAGAUCGCCUGGCGAUCACUUCGAGACGCGCAGUGAGCAAAAUUUUCCCUAUACACACGACUGGGCAGGCAGCACCAUUGAACUAACCCCGGACUCCGGAGCAGGAGCAGCAGCGGCGACCUCCAGCACCGGUGAUGGCCUCAGGCGCAGCCUUCAUCGUGUGAUGGCGAAGAAUGGCAAUGAGAAUGUGGUCUUUCGUCGCAUACCAGAGAAAUCGUGGCGCUAUAUGCGCGAUGUCAUCACCACGCUGAUGGAACUGGAAUGGAAGUACAUGCUGACCCUCUUCCUGGGCAGCUAUUUCCUCAGCUGGCUGCUCUUUGCCGUCCUCUGCUAUGUGGUGUCCUACUCCCAUGGCGAUUUCCUCUUCGAUGAGAUCAGUGGCGUGCGGCUGGGCGAAGGCGACAGGCCCUGCAUCUAUGGCGUCACCUCCUGGGUUACUAUGAUCAUCUACUCGGUGGAGACGCAGACGACACUGGGAUUUGGCGAGAAGUACGCCAGCGAGGAGUGCCCGGAGACCGUGUUCCUGUUCAUAAUGCAAAUGGUCUGCGCUGCCCUGAUCGAGGGGAGCAUGGUGAGCAUUAUCUAUGCCAAGACCGCACGCCCCGCCAGGCAAAUGACAAAGCUCAAGUUCAGCGAUAAGGCGGUGAUCUGCUAUCGCGAUGGGAUUCUGUGUUUGCUCUUUCGUGUGUGUGAUCCACGCGAGCAGCAGUCCAUCGAGUCUAAGAUACGCGUCUACAUGAUUGUGGACAAGCGCACACGCGAGGGCGAGGUCGUUAAAGCCCACACGGAACUGAAGCUGGAGGGAAAUGGAGAGCAGUUGAUCGUGUGGCCAGAUAUUGUGUGCCAUGUCAUCGACGAGUCCAGUCCCCUCCAUCAGUUCACCAAUGCCAGGCUCUUCAAUGCGGCACAGUUUGAGCUGUAUGUGUCCAUUGUGGGCACCUCCCCGGCCACCGCACAGAUGACCGAGGCCAAAACCUCUUAUGUGCCGCGGGAGAUCUUCUGGGGUCAGCGUUUCGUCAACAUCAUUCACUACGAUGUUACCAACGAGCGCUAUGUGGUGGACUAUGAGAACUUCAACAGAACCAUUUCUGUGGACAUGCCAAUGAAGAAGCAGCCAGUAAACGAUCAUCUGCGCCUGGAGUACAGAAGAGAAUGAGAGAAUCCAUUAGUUACAAUAUACCUAUACCUAUACAUAUAUGUAUAUUCAAUGGGAACGAUGUUAACAAUUUUCUGGAUUUGGUGGUUCCUGUAUACACAAUUCUUUUAAAGAUUCAUAAAUAACAAACAGUUGAGCCGUAAAUAGAUUAGUAAAAUAAUAGUAAAAGAUGAACAAAUGGUUCCCUCGAGCAAAAAUGCUUUAAAAACGCACGAUAAAAUACACUAAAAGAUCA